AUGGCGCGGGACACCGACGGCAGUGGAUUUGGUCGAUCUCACACGUUCAGACUGGAUCGGACAGCUUCGACGGCCAGCACGAGCUGCUGGGAACGGCUCAACAUGCCGAGUAUAUCGAAGACGCACUUGAUCAUCGGCUUCGUGGCGUUCUUCCUGGCCUGCAUGAUCGUCAUCUUGGUUGCACUGGCCGUGACGAUAGCGACACACCGCUACUUCUACUACAAUGUGGGUCCCGCGGGCUCGGCGGGAGGCGCUGCGGGUGGCGGCGGCCCCGACGGUGGAGGUCCCGGACCAUCCGAGCCGGACCUUGUCACAGACAUCCCCUGUCCCGUACAGGUCGUCGAAGACUGCGAGAAGCACGGGUGCAAAGCAGUGCCGGAUCCCGAGAACGGUGGCAGCACUCGCUGCUUUCUGCUGGACGACGCGUUCGGCUACCGGUACCGGCACACCACGUACGGAGACCGGGAGAUCAACUACAGCCUCACCUACGACAUGGCGUCGCAGGGCCCUUUCUCCGAGGACGUCAUCAAUAACGUCCGUGUCCAGGCAGUGUUCAUCACCGAGGACACGCUCAGGUUGCGGAUCCACGACGAGGACCGGCAACGCUACGAGGUUCCCGUGUUGGACGACUCGCCGCUGUUGCGCAAGCCUCCCGCCGUGGACAAGAACCGGUUGCGGUACCUGAUCGAGACCAACGAGACGAGGAGAGGGCGCGCCAGGCUGAGGGUGCUGCGCUCGGACAAUUACGUCGUCAUGCUGGAUUCGUGGCACCUCGUGAUGACCGAGCAGUUCCUGCAAGUGGUGCUGCCUUACAGCGGCGACCAGCUGUACGGAUUCGGAGAGAGCGGCCACGAGCACAUCAACCUCGCGACUGGAAGCGGCACCAUGUUUUCCAGGCGCGUCAGUAACUACAGCACGCUGGCCAGCGCAAACACGGGUGCCAAAUAA